CUUCCGGGGGCGGUUCUUUUAUUUCUCCCCUUUACGAAACAGACAGAAGAGCUGCGGGAAAAAGGACGCUUUGCUAAAAGGACGCUGGAAACGGUUCUGCGUGGAAAAUGAUGCUGGCAGAGGUCCUGCAGGUGCUCCGCGGGGCGGGAAAGGUGGGGUCCGCUCUGAUGCUGACCCAAGGGGAGCAGCUCCGCCUGAUGGCGUGCAACUCCUCCCUGGCUGCAGGGGUCAAAGCUGCCCAGGACGCAGCCGAAGGCGCCAUGGCCGCUUUGUUUGGCACCACCAGCCAGAAUUCCGUUAAGGAGGAUGUUUUUCCUGAUGCUGAAGGCUGGGAAAACAUGGAUCCUGAGGAAGCGGCCAAAUGGGCGGUUGGAUCCGAGUUCCCUCCUGAUCCCGCAGAACACAACUGGACCAAACCUGAGUAUACAACAAGGAUGCACACAGGGGCUCAUCCUGACGAGCAGUCACCGGCGGGGGGGUCAGGCUGGCCGCGCUCCUCCAGUCGCUUCUUGCACAGCGGCGCCAGCCUGCAGAGGUUCUACCACAGAAGUCGGUCUGUGCACAACACGGUGGUGACCAAGCUAACGCCAGAGGACAUGAAGAAAGCCAGAGAGGCGAAGCAGGCCCUCGUUAAACCGGUCAGACAGAAGGUGGGUCCACCUGUACCCUCAGGAGAAGGAACAUCCCUCAUCUUCAUCACAAGAGUCUGUUUAUACACAUGACGAAGAGUCCAGUUAUUUCUGA